GUGACACCCGGCCCGGAAGCGCUCGCCACCGAGACCCCCGGGUAACCCGGCCGGGAGUUGCUGACUCGAGCGAGCGCAGGGGUCGCGGGGUUUCAGUUGUUUCGCGCACCCCGCCUCCGCUGCCAUGGCCUGGACCAAGUACCAGCUGUUCCUGGCCGGGCUCAUGCUCGUCACCGGCUCCAUCAACACGCUCUCGGCAAAGUGGGCAGACAUCUUUGUGGCCGAGGGCUGUGGAGGGAGCAAGGAACACAGCUUCCAGCAUCCGUUCCUCCAGGCGGUGGGCAUGUUCCUGGGGGAGUUCUCCUGCCUCGCUGCCUUCUACCUUCUCCGGUGCCGAGCUGAGGGGCGCUCAGAUUCCAGCGUGAACCCCCAGCAGCCCUUCAACCCCCUGCUUUUCCUGCCCCCAGCCCUCUGUGACAUGACUGGGACCAGUAUCAUGUACGUGGCUCUGAACAUGACCAGUGCCUCCAGCUUCCAGAUGCUGCGUGGAGCGGUCAUCAUAUUCACGGGACUGUUCUCGGUGGCCUUCCUGGGGCGGAGGCUGGCACUGAGCCAGUGGCUGGGCAUCCUUGCCACCAUCGCGGGGCUGGUGGUCGUGGGCCUUGCUGACCUCUUGAGCAAGCAUGGCGAUCAGCACAGGCUCAGUGAAGUGAUCACAGGGGACCUGCUGAUUAUCAUGGCCCAGAUCAUCGUCGCCAUCCAGAUGGUACUGGAGGAGAAGUUCGUCUACAAGCACAACGUGCACCCACUACAGGCAGUUGGCACUGAGGGCCUCUUUGGCUUCGUGAUCCUCUCCCUGCUUCUGGUGCCCAUGUACUACAUCCCCGCCGGCUCCUUCAGCGGGAACCCCCGCGGGACACUGGAGGAUGUGCUGGACGCCUUCUGCCAGGUGGGCCGGCAACCACUCAUCGCCCUGGCGCUGUUGGGCAACAUCAGCAGCAUCGCCUUCUUCAACUUUGCGGGCAUCAGCGUCACCAAGGAACUGAGCGCCACCACCCGCAUGGUGCUGGACAGCCUGCGCACCGUGGUCAUCUGGGCGCUGAGCCUGGUGCUGGGCUGGGAGGCCUUCCACCCACUGCAGAUCCUCGGUUUCCUCAUCCUUUUGAUGGGCACUGCUCUGUACAACGGACUGCACAGCCCGCUGCUCAGCCGCCUGUCCUGGAGCCGGCCUCCAGCAGAGGAGGGCGAGCGUGAGAGACUGCUGGGCGGCACUCGGACCCCCAUCAAUGACACCAGCUGAGCCUCCCACAGGAACACCCAGAUGCGCCUUCUUUGCCCUGAGGCUGAGGCUGCAAGGAUGGUGCCCUCAGGUGCCCUGUCCCUGGGCCUGACCCCACCAUUUCCCCACAGACCUCAGAGUAGCUGCUGCCCAAAUUCUCCUCCUUUCUCCACACCACCUCCAGGGUGGUGUCACCCAGCCCCCUCAUGCCUGAGUGGUGACAGCCCCCAGGCAGACUCCCCAGCCUUCAGAGCCUCCACUCAGCGCUGGAGCUAAAUCGGGAAGCUGAGUUGCACUAAUUUGCAACUCUAAUAUUUCCUUCUGAAUCAUGAGUUAGAUUUGUUCUCCAAAGAAGAGAAGUCCAUGAAGACGUUCAAGUGAGAACUAAGCACUGUGUUUUCUAAAACCCGUAAGCUAAGCCUUCAAGGUAUUCCCCAAACCUGUUAGCCGCCCAGGUUUCAGCCCAGCUCUGCCACAAACUCAGCGUGUGCUCCCUGGCUCGUUACCUGGUCCCUCAGGCCUGGGUUCUCUGCUCCAUAAAAUAAUUAUCAACUCCGUGGCCUUCGGUGCCUUCCAGCACUGGCAUUCUGUGGGCCUGUGACGUUGCCCAACCGGGAAAAGGAGUGAAAGCCCGUUCACUGGAAAUGCCCCUCUGCCGACAGUGCCUCCCUUCCCCCAAGGCCUGUUUUGAUGUCCUUGCUCACACCCUCUCCCCCUAAAGGCCCCUACCGGGGAGAGACUGCAAAGGGCACUGUGCUAAGUGCGUAACAUGCUGUUCUGUCAUAACGGCCUUCCGAGGUGGGUACGAAAUGAAGAAACCGUGGCCCCAGAAAGUUAAGUGACUUCCCCAUGGAGCCAGUAUUCCAACCUAGGUUUGUCUGAUCCCAAACUUGUGGCUUCACCUGCCAUCUGGAUCUCUGGGGCCUUUGGGGUGGAAUUUCCUGGGGCUAGGAUAUUUUUUUUAGGAUAGAAGCAUCGGGUACCACUUGUCCUUUUGUAACCCUGCCCUGAAGAGGAGUGACUGGCAUCAGGAGCCCCAGAGCUGAGCAGCUCGCAAUUCUAGUGUCUCAGUCUGGGGCCGUUUCUGUAGCCUCAGACCAUUUUCCAGGGCAGCUCAGUCAUAACAACAAAACUCUGAAUGCCUUCCUAAAAAUAGGCCCUGGGGGAAGGGAGGCUUUAGACCUGCAAAGCCCUCAGGCUGUGUGGGGAUCCAGUAGCUUUAGUGCACUUUGUUGGAAAGGGGGCCCUCCAUUCUACCAGUCCUUGAGCACCUCUGGGCUAGGCGUGCUUAGGAAGAAGGGAUAGAGGGAGGGUGAGGGUGAUGGACACUCCAGCUGCCUUGUCUAAGAAACAGGCCUUACAAUGUUGUUUAAAAGAAAAGAGAAAUGGGCAGUAUUAAGCUUUCUUUUUAACCCAAGAGGGUGGAAUGUACCUGGGAAUAGAAUCUAGGAUGUUGGAGUGGAAAAUCUCUAAUGUACCAAAGCACAGAAGUCAUUGAGUCCCCACUCAUUGUUCAGAUGAAAAAACUGAAGCCCAGAGUUCCCAAGGUCACAUAGCCAGUUACAGGCAAGGCCGGAUUUCUUGGUGCUCAGUCCUUACCCAUCCCAUUCUGCCACAGGGAGUGGAGCCAGGAAACUGUAACAAGAUUCUGGGGCUACUUACCUGCUGUGGAGUGCCCUGGCCUGUGUGCUAAGCUGGCAGACCUCUUAGGGUGUUGGGGAAGCACUCAAGCCUUUAUUUGAGGGCUGUGUGGGGGAGAGGGAGACUGUUGGUUUAAGGUUUGAAAACUUCGGGGUAAUUAUGAUGUGAUUUUGUUGGGGAAGGGGGACACCUCAUCAGACCAAUCACUUUACCUCCAAGAGCUUUGGGUCUUCUCAUCUCUGAAAUGGGGAUAAUAAAACCAGCCUCCGUCUCACAGGAUGCACGUGGAGAUUAAAUGAGAUAAUAAAGUUGAGGGUGCUUGUACACUGCCAGCACGUGUAGAGCGCCCCGUGAGGGUGUACCCGGGUAGUGUGUGGGGCACUGAGGCUCAGGAGCGCCCUGGCUCACAUGGCUUAAGCAUCAUUCUCAAAGGGGAAAAAUGUUUUACUAAAACACACCAUUGUGGUAUGGAUUGUGAAAUUCACAGGUUUUAAAACAGGAUGCCUCAAGGAAAUUCCGUGCUGACAGCAGGCUUCCUGGAGAUAUGCUCCUGCUGCCAGGAGUACUUUGGAGGGCAAGCGUAAGAAGCCUGGCUGUUCAAACUGGUCAUGUCUUAGGGGAGGUAGGGCUCUCCACUCCUACUGAUGGAGGCAGAGUCUGAAGGGAAGUGUGUGUAGCUGUGGCCCACCACAGGAGUGGAGUGACUUGUGGAAGGACAGGAUGGACGCCUUGAACCUAGGAUUCAAAUUGACUGGUUACAGACAUCUGUAAAUAUCAGCUCAAAUCCAGUCUUUGCCCCUGCCCCAUACAGAGCAAUCUGGGGGGACCUUGGGGCUGCCCUUCAGCCCCCAGAGUAGUCUUCAGGCUUCUUUCCUGCCAGGAAUUCGCCCACAAGGCAGAGAUUUAGGACUGUGCCAGGCAUGGCCUGGCUUUAAAAUUUGUUUGCCUUCAUUUCAUCCACAAGGUCUCUGCGAACUUUUAAGGACAAACAUCCUUAGGAGUGGGGCAGAUAUUCACCUGGUGUAGGGGAAAAAGCAGGCUCACGAGUCAAGACCUUGUUUUCUCAGCUCUGCCUCUACCUUGGCUGGGUGAUCUUGGACAAAACGUUUUACUUCUCAGGGCCUUUGCUCCCUGUAAAAGGGAGAAGAGCCUCUUAGCAUUCUCAGAUGUGUUUGCGUCCCUGACUGACUUAUAGAUUGGUACCAUUCUUAUUUGCCUUGGUUAAAUGCCCAUCUGGCUUUUUUUUUUUUAAUGUUGUUGUUAGUUGCUAUUAAGUCAAUUCCGACUCAUAGCACCCCCAUAUAUGCAGAUUAGAACUGCUGCAAGGGUUUUCAAGGCUUGACCUUUUGGAAGCACAUCACCAGAAUCUGAGGUCAUCAGAAAGUUCCCUGUGUAGCCACAAAAUUUUGAAAGUAACUCUUCUUUAUUAAGAACGUUUGUUAAAAAAAAAAUUUAGUAUGUGUGUUCUGCGCAUACAUCCACAUACAUAACAAACCACGUGGGGGCACAGUUACAGAGCCUUCCUAGACAUAUCCAGACAACUCAUGGGAUUGGUAUACUGGGUCAAGAGGCCUGGGACCACAGUCUUGGGGACAACUUAGUCAAUUGGCAUAACAUAGUUCAUAAAGAUAAUCUACAUCCUUUGGUGAGUAGUGUCUGGGAUCUUAAAUCUUGCCAGCUGCCAUCUAAGAUACAACACUUGGUCUUUACUCUUAUGGAGCAAAAGAGAAUGAGGGAAAUCAAGCUCAAAGAAGAAACUGGCCUGUGGGGCUAAUAGCCCACAUGAACCACAACCUCUUCAAACCUGAGGCCAGAACUAGAUGGUGCCCAGCUACCACCACCAGUCAUUCUGACCAGGGACACAAUAGAAGGUUCAGAAUAGAAUGGGAGAAAAAUGUAGAACAAAUUCCUUAAAAAGUCCAGACCUACUGGACUGAUAGAAACUAGAGGAACUUCUGAGGCUAUCACCCUGAGAUACCCUUUGAACUUAGAAUUGAAGCCGUUUCUGCAGGCCACUUUUCAGCUAAAUAAUGUUGUAGUUGUUAGGUGCCAUCAAGUCGGUUCCAACUCAUAGUGAUCCUGUGUACAACAGAACAAAACUGCCUGGUCUUGCAUCAUCCUCACAAUUGUUGCUAUGUUUGAGACCAUUGUUGCAGCCGCUGUGUCCAUCUUGUCGAGGGCCUUCCUAUUUUUCAAUGACCCAUCACUGUACCAAGCAUGAUGUGUUUCUCCAGGUCUCCUGAUAACAUGUCCAAAGUACAUGAGAGGAAGUCUCAUCAUCCUCACUUUCAAGGAGCAUUCUGGCAGUACUUCUUCCCAGGCAGACCUGUUUGUUCUUCUGGCAGUCCAUGAUAUAUUCGAUGUUCGCCAACACCAUAAUUCAGAGGCAUCGAUUCUUCAGUUUUCCUUAUUCAUUACCCAGCUUUCACAUGCAUAUGAGGCGAUUGCAAAUAUCACUGGCUUGGGUCAGGCGCACCUUAGUCCUCAAAGUGUCAUCUUUGCUUUUCAACACUUUAAAUAGAUCUUUUGAAACAGAUUUCCCCAAUGCAGUAAGUCAUUUGAUUUCUUGACUGGUGCUUAUAUGGGUGUUGAUUGUGUAUUGAUUGCGUAUCCAAGUAGAAUGAAAUCCUUAACAACUUCAGUGUUUUCUCCAUUUAUCAUGAUGUUGCUUGUUCUAAAAUAAACAAUGUCACCCAUUAGUAAUGUGCUCCCUUUAGCAAUUAACUAUAAGACCGAAUGGUCAACAGUUACCCAAAAACAAAGAUGAGACAGCAAGGAGGGGAAGGAAAGCUAGAUCAAUGGAAAUAAUGAGAAUGCUGACACAUUGUAAAAAUUGUAACCAAUGGCACAACAAUUUAUAUAAAAAUUAUUAAUGGGGAACCUAAUUUGUUGUGUAAACUUUGACCUAAAACAUAAUAAAAAUUUUUUUUUAAGUUUUAAUAA